AUGGCGGUCGAAGCGAGUUGUCCAAUCUUUGUAGUCGGUGCGUUCACCGACAAACCUUUUGGCGGGAAUCCAGCUGCUGUAUGUCUCGUGGGAUCAAGGGUAAGAAACUUUCAAUAGCAACGAGCGUGAGAUUGGGCUAGGAAUUGUGUGACAAUAUCAUUAAAUUCGCCUUGAAUCAGGUCACUUGAACUUGCCUCUUUCAAUACGGAAAAAUAAAAGUGAAGUCACCGGGUUGUAUUUACGUUUCGCCUCUAUUCUUUUCCCCCUGGACCUGAAAAGCAUUUUGCUUCGAAACUUUUGAGGAGGGAUUUGUACCAAAACUGACUCGUUUCCCACCCUCAGAAUUUAAGGAUAACAGGAAGUUGGUUGGGGGUUGUUCAAUUCAAACAGCAAACGUAUUAUGCCUUAAAAAGAAAAACUUUCCCAUUAUUUUCUUUUACCUAAAAUUUAUCAUGUGGCUUGAGAAUUGAGAGGAUUGAUGGGGGUCUUAAAUUUAGAGUGUGCUGGUGUAAAAUUGUUCGCAUAUGUACACUGUAUCUCUUAAUUCCAAUUACAUUACUACAAAGUGACACUUAAUUAACCCCUUCACUGCCUACAUGACAUACUCAGUACAUCGAAAGUUAUGACAGUAACAGUCAAAUCUCCAGCAUUGGAAAUGUAAAAUAACCUGGCCUCCAAAGCUCAAAACUAGUUAAAAACUCUUGUAGCGCUUCUAGCGACCAAAACAAAUAUAGUUUAUAAGAUCCCAAGGGGUGUCACUCCAAGACGUGAUUAACAAGGUGCUUAGGGGCUAUUUUUACAGAUCGAGAUUGAAGAAUAACAGACCGAAGUUGACCGUUCACACAAAUCUUUAAUCCUGCAAGCAAUCGACCACAAACCACAAUCAACGAUCAAUCUCACAAUCAAUCAGUCAAUUGUAAACUGCAACAAUAAUACAACGAAGUUCUAUCAAUCUAUUGAAAUGUUGCGAAAUACAUAAUCAAAAAUAGCGUGUAAAAAACUGGGCCUUAACGCCGAUAACAAGAUUAUAAUGACAAUGAACAAUACAAAUACCCCAAUAAAUCAGAACAAACUAUGUCAGAGGACAAAAGUUUCGGUACAAAUUAUUAAGAAUUUUGGUGGCUGGUUAACAGCCCAUUGUUCUUAUAUGUAAAUGGUGGGCUUUCACUUGCAUCUGAUACAAUUUUGGCCUUUAAAUCUCAAAUCAAUUGAAAAUAUGGCAAUACAACAAAAUAUCUGUUUGUAUACUUUUGCCCAAUGCUGGAAAACUAAACUUAGAAGAACAAAGUUACAAAGGUACUUACAUAUUGGUCUCGCUUGUGCCAAAGGUUUAAGAAAUAAAAGGACGAAAGUUUACCAAGGCUACUCAAAAACUUACAAAGAACUGAUUACAGGGACACUAAACUCGCUUUUAUAUGUGCGUGGUAACCUUGGAAGAUCCGAUUACAAAACCAAUAGAAAUAUAUAUACCUAUAUAUAAUACAUAUAUAUAUAUAUCUAUUUCAUAACAAUAGAAAUAUAGACCAACAGAUAAACAAUGCAACUAUGUUGGUAUCUAGGAUCAUUCUGCUAUUAUUAAACUAAUCAAUAAUCAAUUUAAUAAAAAUGAGCUUCUGGCUAGUGUCCUUAACAUUUCUAAAAAACAAUAAGUCAAUUUGCAUUGGCACAGGACUUUUUGGUGAUGGCAGUCAAGGGGUUAUGGAAUUUUUCUCAAUUAAAAAAAGAUAUGUACUCACAUUUAAUUGUGGGAAAUUGUAGCAAAUGCUGUUGGAAAGUGCUCAACACACGAGUGUAGAGCGAAAUACAGUUCAGUGUCUGUCUGACGAGUGCGUAAGCACGAAACUCAGGGUUACAGGGAAUCAUGCGUGUUUCAUUUUAGUCAUUUUGAACUGUACUCAUAUUUAAAAUUGUUUUAUUUAUGGAAUCUAUGCAAGUGAGGUUGUUCUCUUUUGAAAUUUCAAGUGCACCAUUAUCUUCUUCCACUGGUGUAAUUUGCAAAUUGAUGUGUACCAGUAAUUUUUAUUGAAUUAAUUUGUUCUUACAAGCAUGAAUUAGUGAUGACAUCUUGCAAAAAGUUGCAAAAGAAAUUAACUUAUUGGAAACAGCCUUUAUCCUGGGAAAAAAUGAACCUGACAUAUAUUCAAAAGGUUAGGUUCACCAAACCCAACUGAGUUUUACUUAAGCUUAGACUCCAUCUGCUUUUGUCUUAAAUUUAGGAAUUAAGUGACAAUACCAUGCAAAGGAUAGCAAAUGAAAUGAAUUUGUCUGACACUGCUUUUAUCCUCCAAAAAACUGAGCAAGACACGUACUCAAAAGGUUAGGAAUAAUCACAGCAAAUAGCACCCAUUUAACUAAGUUAGUCCUUCUUCUUUAUCCCUUUGACCCUACAAGGGACCUUCAUCUAAUUUCUCCUCACAAAGUCACCUCUGAAUCACACCUUGAGGUCACAAGAAUAAAGGAAAUGAUCACCAACUACAGAAGCUCUUGAUUGUCAGGCAAAUUCUCCUCAUCAGCACCUGAGGAAAUGUAGGAAGAACAGUAUGGAGAAUGUGCAUAUUGAUGUUAGGGUGUGAACAGUUAUUGUCCUGGACGCAUGUGAUGACUUAUUUUAUCCUCUUAUUAAAUAUCCAAAAUGUGUGCAUUACCUUAAGUUAGUUUUCCUCUGUUCUUUUAUGUCAUUACUGUAUCUGUUCAUAGUAAGCAUUUUCAUGUAUUGGACAUAACUGAAUGUAGAAACAUUGUUCGAAAAUCUACCUUUAUGGCUGAAAAUUACAACAUAUUAUUUUGAGAGCAAACUGAUUCUGGUGAAACACGAAUUAAUCUUAGUGUAAGUUUUGUAUGACCUGUGUUUUUUCACCUCUCUGCCUAUGUUGUAUACUGAAUUCUAAUUUUAUCUAUUGCAGGUUCCUGUUUUGGUCUUCGUUGGUUUACCCCAGCAUGUGAAGUGCCUUUAUGUGGACAUGCAACUUUAGCCUCAGCAGCUGUUUUGUUUGACUCCAUAGGUAAGGUGUAACUCACAGAAGUGAUUAACAAGUAACUUCUCCCUACAAUACCCAUGCACUAUCCAGCAAACAGGUAAUGAGAAUACUUAAAUCUAUCAGGUAGAAGUUGUUAUCAUGAUCUAACACCAAAUCCUCAUAACUUAUUUACAAGGACAUGUCUAGUAGCUAAAGGGGAGAAUUAACAAUCAGAUCUUAGGAGUUAAAGGGUUAAGAAAGUUGUGGUUUUAAUAAAAGCUUCUCACUGGCCAUCUACCACCCUCUUUGGACCUGUUAUCCCCUGGCUAGCCUGUGAGCUGGGGUACCUGUGGGCUUUCACACUUGUAAGUGAGUUAUAAGCUGGCAGGGAGUCUCAAAACAACAACCUCACUCUCAGGGUCUUACUUCUACCCUUCCUUUACCAAAGGAAGGAAAUAAAGAGAGACCUGGGAAUGAGGUUGUUGAAACAUGAGCCUCCCAACUUGCCAUUUAUUUUCAAAUUUCCUAUGUUUAUCCACAAACACAGCAUUCUGACCAGUCAAGAAUAACAGGCAAAUUACAGGUGUCAUUACAGCACUCUUUUUAUUUGCCCUAAAAAUAAAAGCUGAAAAUUACAUUUCGAGGCUUCCAUAAUUUUAUUAUUAGUUUCAGCUUGGUGAGCAUACCCCAGAUCUCCCCACCCCCCCCCCCCCAUGGAAGAGGCCAACCCUUUUCCACAGAAAACUAGUUAUAACAACAUUGAUAGCUGCCUAUGUCAAAUGUUACUUAACCUUCUGUCUACUUUUAUAACUUAAAAAUGCAAAUAUCAGGGGUACCAUUCCCUUGUCUGAAUUGUUUGAGCCUUUGCAACAGCUUUUGCUACUGAAUCAAUCCAGUAUAUAGUAACCUACCCCCCCUCCCCCCGAAUAUAUCAUUAAUGCAUUCUGCGUUUUCCCAAGUCUUUCCAAUCUUGUAUUUUAACUAUUGUAAGAAAUUUGUAAUUUGUUAAUAUGUAAUCAUUGAACAUACCCUUACUAGGUAAUGCAAAUGCUGAAGUAACAUUUGAAACAUUAAGUGGGAAGUUAAUGGCAAGACAGGAAGGUGGGAAUCUGAUUUGAUGUAAAAGGCUAACUAAAAGCGCACAGUUAGAUACUUUGGUUUUCUUAACUAAGUUCAAACUUGACGAUGUAAAUUUUCCACUGUAGAGAGUUUGUAAAGCUGACAUUUCAAGCACUCAUCCCUUGUCAAAGCAAAUGUCUACAGUAAUUUUCUGGUCAAUUAAAAUUAUAAUACUAGAAAGUUGCAUUGGUGAAUACUAGUGGUAUUUAUUAUUUGCAAGAUCUUAAAAUGAAAUUGACAAGUCAAGUCUAAUUGUGCUCUCAAUGAAUUUGGGCAAGAAUGUUGCAGCCAGCAAUCAUAUUUUGAUUUCCUUUUUUCUUUCUGUUACAGGUUCAUUAAUUUGUUUAAACUUCCCUUUGAACAGCUGUGAACCAUUACCUAAAGUAUGUGUUAAUUUCAUUGUGUUUAUGUACAGCAUGUGGUACCAAAUUUACAUCUAGCCUUGAAUGUUAAAAAUUAACAUUAUCUUAAAUUUUGUUUAUUUGCCACUAAUCUGAAAAGUGGGAUACGCUGUCUGAGAAUUUUUUCAUGAAACUUCAAGUUAAAAAUUCCUACCAACCAAUAUUGUCUAUAAUUGUGGGUAUAGCAUAAUAUUUAUGAUUAUUGUAGCAGCUGUUUUGUGGGAGAAUCAAAACUUGUUCAACAAGUUAGUUCAAAGCAUGUUCUUGCCUUAAAAUCAAUUGCUCACAUUUCAUUUCUGUCAGGAAGAAGUAAUGAAGAGAUUAAUUAAAGCAGGUAAACAACUUUUUCUUCAACAAUUUCUAUAAGAGACAGGAAGAAGCCCAUUUUGGUCUGGGUGUUAUACCUCUAAAAGUUAAGUCUUGGAAACUGCUGGUUCUGAAGCAUCAAGUGACUCAAAUACUACUACUCCAUCUGGAUGAAACACCAUUACAUCCCAUGUUACCCUGAACCACCUCCCCCUCCCCAUUUCUUGUAUUUCAACAAGUUUUCCUGACAUUUUCCAAAACUCCAUUUUUAUUCCAUGGCCCAGAGGCCUGGUGAGAGUGAAGGGUCUUGGAAAUUUCCAGCCUUUAAAAUAACAAAGUCAGAAAGGGAGGUGUCUGGAACAGCAAAGUUGUGACUACAAGUAGUCUACUGUCUCUCACUCUAACAAGCCUAUUAUUCAUUCUGUUCGCUGUAGGAAGGAAAUAGGUCAAAUAACAAUGUUUACUUAUCCAAAUAUACUUGUUAGAAGAUAAAUCAGUAACUGAAAAUUGUUAUCAGUUGUAGGCGACCUUAGGGUGAAAGACGUUGAAUACUCUAAGACAACCAAGAAUCUUCUCUUGUGUUUGGAGCCUUCAUUGACAAGGUCAGGUCAUAGAAUAAGAAUUAAAAAGAACAUAAAAUUACUCUUACAUAAAAUUAAGAAGUGUGGGCUAAGGGGCAAACCUUGUUACACAAUUUGACUACAAGUUUGUCCUAUUGAUGAUCACUCAGUCAUUGAAUAGCAUUGUGUUUCUGAUAAAUCUUUAACUUUUGCUCACAGAGAAGAUCUGGAAAACCUCUCCCCAGACUUCCAGGCUAUGUUGUCUGCCCCCUUGACUGAACUUGUCCGUGGUGUGAUUGUAACCUUGCAGGGGACUAAGGUGAAUGGGUGUGUGAAUGGUAGCGGUGAGGUGUAUGACUUUGUUUCACGUUACUUUGCUCCUUGGGUUGGAGUAUCUGAGGACCCAGUAACUGGUGAGUUUUAAAAUAGCUUUUAAGGUAGUUCUAUUCAUUAAUGUUAGUUUCCUUUUUUAACAUUACAAUCUUUCUUUUAGGCUCGGCACAUACAGUUCUUGCUAGUUAUUGGUCACAAAGACUGAAAAAGAACCAUUUCUAUGGUGAGUUCCAUAAUUCCUAGUAAGGUUGUUUGAAAUGUGCUGUCUGAAUUUUGGAGUUAGUGACAUUUGCCCGAGUUUUUAGUAUACCCGUUCCAAACAAAACAAAAAACAGCAAAGCUUGCCUUUUAUUUGGCCUUACAAGGGUAUAUUUCCUGAUUAGAGGGGUCAGUUUGUUGUGUAGUUUGAUCCAACCCAGAAAAAGGAUGAUUACAAAAUUGGUGUCUUGAAUCGUUGCUCUUUGAGUUUAUCUUUAAAGGCUGUGUUAGGCUUGAUCAACCAUCCAUAUUGUGUUUAACUUGAAAUGUCUCCCUGUCACGUUUAUAUCAGUGUUUGGGGAAGUUUAAUCUGACUUUUCUAACAUAUCAUUUUCUUUUUUUAGCUCGUCAGUGUUCAUCGCGUGGUGGAGAACUGAGAAUUGAUGUCAGGGAAGACAACAGAGUUGAUAUUGCUGGACAAGCAGUCUUAGUUCUUCAAGGAAGCUUACGCUUAUGACAGGUGUCAUCAUUCCCUGACAUCAAUUCUGGUAAAAAGAGCUUCUAUUACCAAGGAGCAAAGACUUUCAACAACCUGCCUGCUGAACUAAGGUCGUUAGAUUCGAGACUGAAAUUUAAGAACAAAUUGCGAGAUUAUUUUAGUUAAAUUCUAUCUAAACGUGGUUAUAGGUAUCCUUUUCAGAGUAUUUUUAUUUAAUUUUUUUUUUUUUUUUUUUUUUUUUUUUUUUUUUUAUUUUAUUGUAUGCUUUUCUAGACCUUAAGAUCAAUGAUUAUAUCUUGUUAAAUUUUAUUUUAUUAUUUUAUUUAUUUAUUUAUUAUUUUUGACAGGACCCCAAGGACAACAGUGUUACACACUGAUGGGUUUCAAUCCUGUAUAAAAAUUCGUUAUUAUUAUUAUUAUUAUUAACCCCAACCUUUCUGAUAAAUAACAUGGCAAACCAAAAUUGCGAUUACAGAGAACACUCGCAAUAUGACAUACACCAGUACAGAAAUAUUAAACUUUGUAUUACAAGGACAAAAGCAGGAUUGUGUAGUUAAGGAAAACAUUUCUACAUUAAGUUUUGUUUCAUCAAAGAAAAUUCACAUUACAGCAUAUAACUAAAGAUCUUCAAGAGAAAACACGCACUACAACCUUCCCAGGGAAACACUUUCUGUAAACAUAAUUUCUUCAAAAGUUAAAACUUGUAUUGUCAUAGAAGUUUCUGAAACAUGCACUUGUUAAGCAUAAGUAAUACCUUUCAUUUAACCAGCAAACAGUCUUUCAG